CCCUCGACCCAUCCGAUUCUCCCCAAUCGUACGAAUGCUCCGCUCCUCACGCCGAGUGGGAAACACACGCUUCCUCCACCCGCCUUCAACACCUCUCCUUCCAAAGUGCCAGAUGUGUCUACCCUCACGAACAAGUCUCUCCUCCCCACGGCAUAUGCACACUUGAUAUCAGUCGCACCGAAUCUAGCGCCUCUGAUUGAGUCGCAUCCAUGCACACCGUUCUCAGCCGAAGGCCUAGCAGAACCCGUAGACCCAUGGCAGAGUCUAGUGUCGAGCAUCAUCGGCCAGCAAGUCAGCGGAGCAGCAGCAUCAAGCAUCAAGCGGAAAUUUGUAGCACUGUUCAAUACAGCAGAAGACGAAAACAUAGACACUGCAGCAGCAGCAUCUAAACCGAAGUCCACAUUCCCGACGCCUGCUCAAGUCGUCUCAAAGGACCUCCCAACCCUCCGCACAGCCGGCCUGUCCCAACGAAAAGCCGAGUAUAUCUCUGGUCUAGCCGCUGCCUUCCUCGACAAGUCUCUCACACCAAGCCUACUCCUGAACGGCACCGAUCAAGAAGUCCACGAUGCACUCAUCGCCAUCCGCGGGCUGGGACCGUGGUCGGUGGAGAUGUUCAUGCUCUUUAGUCUGAAGCGUACGGACGUAUUCAGCACGGGAGACUUGGGCGUGCAAAGAGGCAUGGCUGGGUUCGUGGGAAAGUGGAAGGUUGGUUUAAAGGCGAAGGAAGGCGGAGGAAAGUGGAAGUACAUGAAAGAGCAAGAGAUGCUGGAGAUUGGAGAGAGGUUUCGACCGUUUAGGAGCAUCUUCAUGUGGUAUAUGUGGCGCAUUGGCGACGGAGUGGAUAUCUCUGCCAUC